AUGGCUAUUGCCAAUCAUCUCGUUGACAAUAUUGCUGUAUAUCUUGGAUAUAACAAUCGUACUUUUUCAAGUCCAAUUGAGUGUCCGACAGGUACUGGAUCUAUUCCAUACAUGGUUGCAGUUGGUGACUUGAACAAUGAUGAUAUAUUGGAUAUGGCAGUCGCAAAUUUUGGCACUAAUAACGUCGGUAUAUUUCUUGGACUUGGAAAUGGGUCUUUCGCGAAAGACAGAGAGCUUUCAACUGGUUCAUCUCGUUCGAUAUUCAUUAUUGUAGCUGAUUUCAACAACGACAGACAAGUUGAUAUUGCCACCACCAAUUAUGGAACCCAUAGUAUAAGUAUACUAUAUGGAUAUGGCAAUAGUAACUUUUCGGACCCAUUUACAUACUCAACAGGCUAUGAUUCUUUUCCAUCUUCACUGGCUGCUGGAGAUUUUAAUAAUGACAAACAUUUAGACCUUGCCAUUGCUAAUUAUGGCACUAACAAUGUUGGUGUAUUUCUUGGAAAUGCCAAUGGCACUUUUACAAAUCAAAUAACUUUUUCAACUAGCUUUGGCUCUCACCCACACUCAAUCAGUGUUGGCGAUUUCAAUCACGACACUCUCGAUGAUAUUGCUGUCGCUAAUUAUGGAACUAACAGUAUAGGCGUACUUCUUAGCAAUGGUAACGGAACUUUCGCAAACCAAAUUACCUAUUUCAUCGAUUCGUCUUCUCCAUAUUCGAUUAGUGUUGUUGAUUUCAACCAGGACAAACAACUAGACUUAGUCGUUGCCAAUAAUGGCACAAACAACAUAGCUAUACUUUUUGGUUAUGAAAACGGUACUUUUACAAAUCCAAUGAUGUAUUCAACUGGAGCAGUUUCUUCUAUCUCAUUUGUCAUAGAGGAUUUCAACAAAGACAGUUGGGUAGAUAUUGUCCUUGUUAGCAACGAUACUGGUUCUAUAGAUAUUCUUCUUAGUUAUUACGAGCGCUUUGCAAAUCAAAUGACAUAUUUAGUUGGUUCUUUUCCAUCGUGUGUAGCUAUUGGUGAUUUCAACAAUGACACUCGACUCGAUAUCGUUGUUACCAAUGUGUAUAGCAAUGAUGUCAGUAUCCUUCUUGGACAUGGUAACGGUUCUUUUGCAAACCAAACGACAUAUCCAACUGGUUCUAAUCCAUACUCGGUAGCUGUCGGUGAUUUAAACAACGACACUCGACUCGAUAUUGUUGUCGUCAAUUACGCUAGUAAUGAUAUCAAUGUCCUUCUUGGAUACGACAAUGGUUCUUUUGGGAAUCAGAUGACAUAUUCAACUGGCUCCCGUCCACAAUCUGUAGCUGUUGGUGAUUUCAAUAACGACAGUCGGUUAGAUAUAGUUGUCGCCAAUUACGGUAGCAACGAUGUGAGCGUCCUUCUUGGAUAUGGUAAUGGUUCUUUUGGAAACCGAAUGACCUAUUCAACUGGUUCUGGUUCAGGAUCUGUAGCUGUUGGCGAUUUUAACAACGACAGCCGACUUGAUAUCGUUGCUGCCAAUUACUAUAGCAAUAAUAUAAGUGUAUUGCUUCAACAUAAUAGAGUAACUCUGGUGAACGAAACGACUCUAGCAUCUGGUGGUGGUUCUCGUCUACGAUAUGUUGCUGUCGCGGAUGUGAACAAUGACAAUAAAUUGGAUAUUGCCGUUGCUAACUACGGCACUAAUACUGUAGGUGUCCUUCUUGGAUGUGGAAAUGGCACUUUCAGCAGCCAAAUGAUGCUCAAUACUGGUUCAAAUUCUCAUCCAACUUUUAUCGUCAUGGGUGAUUACAAUGGUGAUACUCAAUUGGAUAUUGCUGCUGGCAAUUAUGGUUCGAAGAACAUAGAUAUACUGCUUGGAGAUGGACAGGGAACAUUUGCAAUUCAAACAACUAACGGAAUUCGUUUCAUUUCUACUCCGUCUGUUGCUGUUUCAGGUGAUUUCAAUUAUGACAAACAAUCGGAGAUUGUUGUCACAUAUGAUGACAGUGAUAAUGUAGAUGUCAUUGUUGCAUACAACGUUGGAACUUUUGCAAAUCAAAUAAAGUAUUCAAUUGGCUAUGGUCCAUACUCUAUAGCUAUUGGUGAUUUCAACAACGACACUCGACUAGAUAUUGUUACCGCCAAUUCCGGUAGCAACAAUGUCAGUGUCCUUCUUGGAUAUGGUAACGGUUCUUUUGCAAAUCCAAUGACGUAUUCAGCUGGAUCUUAUCCAACGUCUGUAGUUGUUGCUGAUUUCAACAAUGAUACUCGACUGGAUAUCAUUGUCGCCAAUUACGGUAGCAAUAAUGUGAGCGUUCUUCUUGGACAUGGUAAUGGCUGUUUUGCAAAUCAAAUGACAUAUUUAGCUGGUUCCUAUCCAUUCUCUAUAGCUGUUGGUGAUUUCAACAACGAUAUAAGAGUGGAUAUCGUUGUCGCCAACUCAUAUAGUAAUGAUGUGAGUGUAUUUCUUGGAUAUGGUAAUGGAUCUUUUACAAAUCAAAUUAAAUAUGCAACUGGCUCUUCUCCGUCGUCUGUAGUUAUUGCUGAUUUCAAUAAUGACACUCGAUUAGACAUUGUUACCGCCAAUUGGGAUAGUAAUGAUAUUAGUGUCCUUCUUGGAUAUGGAAAUGGUUCUUUUGGAAAUCAAAUGAUAUAUGUAGCUGGUUCUAAUCCAUACUCUGUAGUUGUUGGUGAUUUCAACAACGACACUCGACUAGAUAUCAUUAUCGCUAAUUACGGUAGCAGUGAUGCCAGUAUUUUUUUCGGAUAUGGAAAUGGCUCUUUUACCAAUCAAACAACAUACUCAACUGGAUCUGGUUCUAAUCCAUCAUCUAUAGCUGUUGUUGAUUUGAACAACGACACUCAAUUCGAUAUUGUUGUUGCCAAUUAUGGUGGUAAUGAUGUCCGUAUUCUUCUUGGAUUUGACAAUGAUUCUUUUAGGAAUCAGAUGACAUAUUCCACUGGUUCGUCUCCAUCGUCUGUAGCUGUUGGUGAUUUCAAUAACGACAAUCGACUGGAUAUUGUUGUUGCCAAUUAUGGUAGCAAUGAUGUAAGUCUACUUCUUGGUUAUACCAAUAUAGUUUUCAUUAAUAAAACGACAUUAAUAACUGGUAAUGGUUGCCGACCACGAUCAUUAGCUAUUGGUGAUUUUAACAAUGAUAACCGAAUGGAUAUCGCCGUUGCCAAUUUGGGUACACACAAUAUUGGUAUUUUUCUUGGAUACGGUAAUAUCUCAUUUGCAAAUCAAGUGACAUAUUCAACUGGCCUAUCUUCGUUUCCAUACUCUAUAGCUGUUCAUGACUUCAACAAUGAUAGUCGACUUGAUAUUGUCGUUGCUAAUUAUGGUUCUAAUAAUGUAGGUAUUUUUCUCGGAUAUGGCAAUGGCUCUUUUACAAAUCAAACGACAUAUCCAACGGGCUCUAAUUCUGACCCAUAUUCUGUAGCUGUUGAUGAUUUUAACAACGAUACCAUACCAGACAUUGUUGUCGCUAAUCAUGGCACUAAUAAUCUUGGUGUAUUUCUUGGAUAUGGUAAUGGCGCAUUCGCAAGUAUUAUUCCCUUUUCGUUGGGUUACGGAUCCCGCCCGUUUUUCGUUGUCAGUGGUGAUUUCAACAAUGACAGGAAGCUGGAUUUUGCCGUAGCAAAUGAUGGCACAGACAAUUUAAAUAUUCUCUUACAGACUUGUUAA